UAGGGCUGUUGUUCUAGACUUCAUCAAUCAUCAGGGUUCGCCGGUUACUUCAUCACUGUUUGUUGAUCAAUAACCGAUCAAAAUUAGGGCUGUUGUUCUAGACUUCAUCAACCAUCAGGGUUCGCCGGUUACUUCAUCACUGUUUGUUGAUCAAUAAAGUUGCAAGUUACAGGAACUAAAGGCAAAAAUGCAAGGAGGUGAAGGUGCCUUGGCCGUUGCGGGUGUUCGACCAAUGGAGUUAUCAUAUAGUGGUCACCAGAAUAUGAUGAGUAAUCCAAACGGUAAACAAAGAACAUCAAGUUUGUUGUCACCUAUCAUGUUGCUCACAGGUCACCAGAGUGCCGUCUAUACCAUGAAGUUCAAUCCAGCAGGAACAGUGAUUGCCUCGGGAUCUCAUGACAGAGAAAUCUUCCUUUGGCACGUAACUGGCGAAUGCAAGAACUUCAUGGUUCUCAAAGGGCACAAGAAUGCUGUGCUGGAUCUAGAGUGGACGGCUGAUGGGUCCCAGAUAAUCUCCGCCAGUCCAGACAAGACCUUGAGGGCAUGGGAUGUAGAGACCGGGAAGCAGAUAAAGAAGAUGGCGGAACACUCGUCUUUUGUCAACUCAUGCUCCCCUUCCAGGAGAGGUCCGCCUCUUGUUGUGAGUGGAUCUGAUGAUGGCACUGCUAAGCUCUGGGACCUGCGUCAAAGGGGUGCCAUCCAGACUUUUCCAGACAAAUACCAGAUCACUGCUGUUGCCUUUUCUGAUGCUUCAGACAAGAUAUACAGUGGUGGAAUUGACAAUGUUGUCAAAGUGUGGGAUCUUAGGAGAAACGAGGUUACCAUGACCCUUGAAGGUCAUCAGAAUAUGAUAACGGGGAUGCAGCUGAGCCCUGAUGGGUCAUACCUCCUUACCAAUGCGAUGGACUGUACUCUUCGUAUUUGGGACAUGCGUCCGUAUGCCCCACAGAACCGAUGUGUGAAGAUAAUGGAGGGGCACCAGCACAAUGUGGAGCAGAACCUUCUCAAGUGUAGCUGGUCAUCUGAUGGGAGCAAGGUUACUGCUGGUAGUUCUGAUAGGAUGGUUUAUAUUUGGGAUACCACUUCAAGACGCAUACUCUAUAAGCUUCCUGGCCACACUGGAUCUGUCAACGAGUGUGUCUUCCACCCCACCGAACCUAUCAUAGGAUCUUGCAGCAGUGAUAAACAGAUAUAUCUUGGGGAGAUAUGACACACUUUGCGCCUUUGUGGUUGUUAGCUUGGAUGAACACAGCACAGCAUCAGUGAGAAUAGCAGGUGAAAUAUCAACCUUGUUUGUGAAUGCUCUCCUUUUAUGUUUCUUUUCUUCUUUAGUAUUAGACAUCUGAUGAACUGAUGUACAAUCAUGGAUUUCUGAAACACUUGUGUUUUCUUUAAAAAUAUGAUUAGUUGUUAACAAAGUCCAGUUUUGGAGGAACUUGCUGAGCUCCAGAGUUGCUCAUAUGUUUAUUAAAGUCAUGGUUACUAUGCUUCUCAUCUGGUAUGGGUUACACUAUUCGUAUAGCGAUUUGAAGUUUGUUUGGUGGUAUUAGUUUCUACUGGUAUUCAGAAUUGGUGCAGGGUUUUCUAAUCCAUAUAGGCAGGGUUGUGUCCUGGGCUGGUUCCUAUCUUCUUGGAAUGUGUUAUGGGCAAGUGCAGUAAUCUUUAUGAAGAUCAUUGCCGAGUAUAUUUGUAUCUUUGCCAAAAGGGUUGAUAAUUUUAACAGGUGCAGUAUAGCAGUUGUUAAAUGAGCUUCAUUUUAACAAAAAAACAUAGUUAGAUUAGACUUCGAUUAUUUUAUGUUUUUCUUAGGCC